AUGGCUAUGCUGAACACCUCCGACGCACGCAUUAACACUGCAUACAAGGCCGUGUUGAAUGGAAAGGCAGGAGAUUGGCUUCUCCUAAGCUACGGUGAAAGUCCCAACAGCGCGGCCUUGUACAGCUCAGGAGCCGCCGGUUUGUACGAGCUCAAAGACAACAUUCAUGAAGAUUACGUUUUCUUCGGGUUCUAUCGCGAAGAAAUCGAUGGAGACACCUACUAUGUGUUGAUCACGUAUGCCCCUGAAUCAUUGAAGGGAAAGGCACGAGCAUCGACUAUCAUGCAUUCACGUUGCGUCGGGACCGUAUUCAGCGUUCCAAAGGCCGUGAUCACAGUUUCAAGGAAGGAUGAAAUCGAGAGUCACGCCGUAAUGAGGGCAAUUCGUGAACAACUAAUUGCUCGUCGUUCGUCAUCCACGAAGCUCCACUCGGCGCCAAAAACAUUCCUUGGACGCAGAAGCCGUCGUGCUGUCUCCGACAACACACAGCGGAAACAAUCGCAUUCACCGGGCAGUAGCUCCAUCGGAUCGCUGCUUUCUCCAAGUUCGUCGGACGACGAUGCACCGCCUCCACCCCCGCCAAAGGAUGAUAAGUUUACAUCUCCGACCCGCUUGCGAGCGCCAUCGCCCCCUGGUCCCGUUACAAUGGUUGUACCAGCACCUUCUUCACCACCGGAUGCGAAACCCUCCGUGCACGCGUGGAAAUCGCUUGUUCCGCGACCUCGUCCUGAUCCAGUAGAGCGAGCCCGCCUGCGUGCGGAGGCGCGUCUUAGGCAAGAGGAAGAGGAACGUGUAGCUCUCGAGGAAGAAAGGUUACGGCAGGAGCGACAUAGGCUUGAGAAACUGGCGCUUGAACGACAGUAUGAGUUGGAAGAGCAUGAUCGAAAACAGCGUAUCGAUGAAGAAGUUCGGAGAGCUGCUGCGGAGCGUCGGAGGAAGGAGGCUUUACAACGGCAGGAGGAGGAGGAACGCCUACGACUACUGCGGGACAAAAGGCAAGCGGAGAAGGAGCGUCGGCUGGAAGAAACGCGUCGCAUUGAAAAAUGGAGGGCCGAGCGUGCUAAACAGCUCCAAGAACGAGAGAAGGCACGUGCAUCUGCGCGAGCAAGUGCCGAACUGGAACGUAAAUCUCGUCUGUUGUCGGCCGAUCAAAGCGCAACGGAGGGAUGGGUCACCGUGCAGGUUGAACCUCUGAUGGUCUGGCGUAGACGAUUCUUCAAGAUACGAUUGCAGGACGGCGAUAUGCUCCUCUAUAGGACCAAGCUGGAGAGCGAGAAGAGCGGCGCCAAACCUGUCGACGUUAUCAAGAUACGAGACGUAAAAAGACUUAUGGAGUGGUCGGAAGACGACCGUGAAGGCGAUAACGAGCGUCUACAAGAGCUCGAAGCUAUACCCAACUCCUUCGCCCUGGAUUUCGGUCAAGCCGAACGGAGUCUCUCUAUGCUCUUCGCCGAUACUGCUGCGGAGAAGGAUACAAUCAUGGCCCUCGUGGCACGAGCAGCUGGCUUGUAA